AUGUUAAGAUUGUCAACCACACGCACAAUUAAAUCUACCAGGCAAACCUAUCUUGGCAGAAUUCUAACAAAAUGUUAUGAAAGUACGUAUCAAAUUCCAAAGACUCAAAAAGGUGUUAUUUUCUAUGAAAAUAAUGGACCUUUAGAAUAUAAAGAUAUUCCAGUCCCAAAACCAAAAUCAAAUGAAAUUCUAAUCAAUGUUGAAUAUUCAGGUGUCUGUCACACAGAUUUACAUGCUUGGAAAGGUGAUUGGCCAUUACCAGUUAAGUUACCACUAGUUGGUGGUCAUGAAGGUGCUGGUGUUGUUGUUGGUAUGGGUGACAACGUUAAGAACUGGAAAAUUGGUGACCUUGCAGGUAUUAAAUGGUUAAAUGGUUCAUGCAUGUCCUGUGAAUUAUGUGAAAAUGGUUUUGAAGCAAACUGUGAACAUGCCGAUUUAUCUGGUUACACACAUGAUGGUUCCUUCCAACAAUAUGCCACUGCUGAUGCCGUCCAAGCUGCAAGAAUCCCAGCCGGUACUGAUUUAGCUAACGUCGCACCAAUUUUAUGUGCGGGUGUUACUGUAUACAAGGCUUUAAAGACUGCCGAUUUAAAACCUGGUGAUUGGGUUGCCAUCUCAGGUGCUGCGGGUGGUUUAGGUUCAUUAGCCGUUCAAUAUGCUGCUGCCAUGGGUUUAAGAGUUAUUGGUAUCGAUGGUGGUGAAGAUAAGAAGAAGCUUUUCGAAAAAUGUGGUGGUGAAGUUUUUAUUGACUUUACAAAAUCAAAGGAUAUAGUGAAGGAUAUCCAAGAAGCCACUCAUGGUGGUCCACAUGGUGUCAUCAACGUUUCUGUCUCAGAUAAAGCUAUCUCUCAAUCUGUCCAAUACAUUAGACCAACAGGUACCGUUGUAGUAGUCGGUAUGCCAGCCAAUGCAGUUGUCAAAUCUGAUGUUUUUAACCAAGUUGUUAAAUCAAUCCAAAUAAAGGGCUCAUAUGUUGGUAACAGAGCCGAUACCAGAGAAGCUUUGGACUUUUUCACUAGAGGCUUGGUUAAAUCUCCAAUCAAAGUUGUCGGUUUAUCCGAAUUACCAAAGGUAUAUGAACUAAUGGAGACUGGUAAAAUCUUGGGAAGAUACGUCGUUGAUACUUCCAAAUAA